AAAAAGAUUUAAAGAAUGGUUUCUCAGACUUGUACGUCGUCUCCACCCUCAACAUGUCGAACUUAAACAUAUCCACGUCGGAUACCAUCUCCGAUCUUCCUGAAGGACUUGGAGUUGAAGAGAAUGAUCACCCAAAGGUUGAAAAUGAUUCCGGAGACAGAUCGGAUUCCGGAUUCGGUUCCAGUUUGAGUAGUCAGCAAAGUACGCCAUUCUUAUCAGACAGCAAGGAGGAGAAAUUUGUCAGUCCUGACCAGGAUGAAUCCAUUAAACCGACAAAACCCUCUCUUCUGCUCCGACUGUUUGAAUCUAAACUGUUCGAUCCAGCACUCUCAAUCUAUUAUUUAUUCAUCACCAAGGAACCAGGAGUACUGGAGUAUAUUGGGAACCGUCUCUUCAGUUUUCUGGAAUCGGAUAUUGACUUUUAUCUUCCACAGUUGGUUAAUAUGUACAUCACUAUGCAUCCGGUAGCUGAGGUUCUUCAUCCAUACCUUGUCUUGCGCUGCAGGGAAUGUGCUGAUUUUUCCUUAAAAUGCGCCUGGUUACUUGAAGCUUACAGUUUUGGUCACAAGAAGAAAUCUCAAGGAUCUCGACUUCGAACCUUGAUUCUCUCCGGGGAGCUGGUUCCUGCCAGACAAGGAGAAAACAGCACAGCUUGGAAGACAAGUUUCCGGGGAUAUAAAUGUCCGGCUGUAACUCCUAAACCAGCUCCUGAUCUCCUUACUGCCCCUAGACCUCACGAGUUCCAUACUCAGGCGUCAACUAUAGAACUGUUGCCUGUAAUUAAUAUUAAAACUCCGAUGCGAACCCAUACUAGAUCAAGAUCAGAUGCAACAGGUCUCCAACCCCCCUCGUCCUGCAGGAUUCCUCCGCCUGAGCUCCGACCCAGGCUUCAACUAGGAGAUCUUAUGUCAGGCAGAGCAUUUGAUAACGGUUGUCACUGCCUAGAAUCCAGGCAGGCAGCUGUUAAUGAGCUGAGGGGGAAACAAACACACUGUGCCUGUAAUGCACCCAGGUUGCAACCUCAACUAGAGUUUCUCAAGGCUCUUGUUUCUAUCGGGAAACGGCUUGGGCAGCUACCGGACCGAGAGAGUAAAACUCAGAGGUUGUUGGCGGAGCUCUCCAUGUUGAACCUGAACCUGCCUGCCAGGGUCUGGUUACCUCUACACUCAGAUGAGUUCCCACACCUGGUGGUUCGGAUACCUCCCCAGGCAGCCAGUGUUCUCAACUCUAAAGACAAGGCUCCUUAUAUUAUCUAUGUUGAAGUUAUCUCAACGGAGAAUUUAGCAACAUCACAGGUUCCGAAGAAAAUUGUCAAAAACUUGAGACAGGCAAAAUCUGAGGAACGGCUGGAAAACCCUGAUCUAGAUAAUAUAAACGGAUCCUCUCUCCAUGAAUGUGCGUCCUUGUCUUCCUUCUCCUGGACCGGGGUUCCUGACGAGGCUGAGUGUUGGUCCCAGGAUGAUGACGAGAUAUCCGCUCAGUACCAAACCUUGAGAAAACUCAAGGACAGAGACACAAUUAGUCAAAUGUCCGUGGAUUCAACGGACUCUAGAGAACCUGUCUUUGUUGCUGCUAUUGAUAUUCGUCGUCGACUCUCUGAAUCCAUAAACGGUCCUAAAACCAAGAGUGGGUUUAAAAGGGACCCUGAAGACCCCUCAGCGAGUGUUCUAAAAGAACCUUGGGAGGAAAAAGUAAAAAGGAUCCGGGAGAAUAGUCCGUAUGGGAACCUAGAAACCUGGAAUCUCUUAUCUGUGAUAGUUAAAUGCGGCGAUGAUCUGAGACAGGAACUGUUAGCUUAUCAAUAUUUAACACUACUUCAACGUAUCUGGAAAGAAGAGCAUGUCCCACUGUACGUCCGUCCAUACAAAAUCCUAGUUUUAUCCAACGAUAGUGGCCUUAUUGAACCUAUUCUAAAUACAGUUUCAUUACAUCAGGUGAAGAAGAACAGUAAGAUGUCCCUCCUCGAAUACUUCCUGCAGGAGCACGGUGCUCUCAACUCCGAGGAGUUCCUCACAGCCCAGAGAAACUUUGUUCAAAGCUGUGCAGCGUACUGUAUUGUUUCAUACCUUGUACAGGUGAAGGAUCGGCAUAAUGGGAAUAUUCUGCUGGACAGUGAAGGACAUAUAAUUCAUAUUGAUUAUGGGUUUAUUCUCUCAUCCUCGCCUAAAAACCUCGGAUUUGAAAACUCGCCAUUUAAACUUACACCUGAAUUCGUUGACGUAAGACCUUUAUAAUUUAUUCAAACAUUA